AUGAAUGCUCUCUCUCAGGAUGAGAUGCAGCGUUUCCAGAAGCUGUCUAAUGAAUUCGAGCCAGAUGUUCCGGGACCACUCGUCUCGCCGAAACAAUCCAGCCAUGCCAUCGCCAUGGAAUAUGCCAAUGCAGACCCCACGUUUGCUACAAAAACGAGCGCUCUUGCUAUUACUCAUCCCAUGACCCGCAUCAUGAAGGGAGAUGGGAAUUGCGGUUGGAGAGCGGUGGCAUUCGGUUACUUCGAAACUUUGUUUAAUCUUCGGGAUCCCAUUGGCGUACAACGCGAACUUGAUCGCAUCAAAUCGCUCAAUACACUUCUGGACCAGGUCGGCCAACAGGAAGAACUAUAUGAGAUCUUCGUUGAUGCCACGGAAGAUAUCUUUGCGCAAACAUUGUCGGCCAUUCAUAAUGGCGAGCAGGAUGAAACUUUUUUGAUCAAUGCCUUUAAUGAGGAAUACAAUUCGAGUGCUGUCAUCACACACUUCAGACUUAUGACAAGUGCAUGGAUGAGACUCAAUCCGCACAGAUACCAAGCUUUCCUCUCGCCACCAUUAGAUCAGUACUGCGCUCAGCGAAUAGAAACUGUUCGAACCGAGAUUGAUGAAGUCGGCUUACAAGCCCUGGUCGACGGAGUAAUAGAAGGUGCCGGCUUUGGCGUUGAGAUUCUCUACCUUGAUCGAAGCGAAGGCGACUCCGUGACACCACACCAGCUAUCCCCGAACUGUCCCAAUGGAGCAACCAUCCGACUCCUCUAUCGCCCUGGCCAUUACGAUAUCCUCUACCAACCCGAACCCCCUCAAAUCAACAUGGCGCCAAUUGUGAACUUUCAAUACGGAAUGACCUCCAACUACACCCCCUGGGACCAAGGCGCCCUCUCCUUCGACGUCAACGCCCACUUAAUGUCAAUUCCAAACCUAAUGGCAGACUCCGCAUUCGGCGGCAUGGGUGCCCCAAUGUCCCCGCUCUCAUCGGUCUCUCCAGCCCCACAAAGCCCAUAUCGAGUCUCCCCGCCACACGACCUUUAUCAAACUCCAAUGCAAAGCCAUGCCCCGAUCCAAACAAUGCCACCUGUCUCUGCGCCAACGCCUGUCAUGCCGUCUGCCCCGCCGCCAAUGACUACGUUACCGAAUCGCUCGGAGGGGCCACAGAUUCGAUUGAAUCCAUUGGUUAUGAAGCCGAAUCUAAGCCACUCGCUUCCUGUGACGAGUCCUUUUAAGAAUAGCUCGCCGUACAAUCAGGCCCAUUUUCAAAACCAGGACUUUGAGCCUAUUCAUUGGGAACCGCAUGGACGAUGA